AAAUGGAUUAUGAACCUCCUUUUUUAGAGACGUACAAGACCCUCUUGGCAAGCUCGCUUGGUAUUGGUGUUGGUAUUAGUGACAUAAGAAAUGACACAUCCUCUGUGGUGGAGAGGUAUGAGCUACCUCUAAUUGAUCUCGGCCGGUUAAAUCUUGACCAACUUGAGAGGGAGGAGUGCAUGAAAGAAAUCAGUGAAGCAGCUAGAAAAUGGGGUUUUUUUCAGGUCGUGAAUCAUGGGGUUUCACAAGAGAUGCUGAAGAGCCUGCAGUUUGAGCUAAUGGAAGUGUUCCACAGGCCUUUUGCAAAUAAGUCCCAAGAUAAUUUUUUGAACUUAACCGCCAGAAGUUACAAUUGGGGCAAUCUAUCUGCUACUAAUAUGAAGCAACUCUCAUGGUCAGAAGCCUUCCAUAUGCUUCUUCCAGAUAUAGCAAGGAUGAACCAGCACAAAAGUAUGAGAUCAACCAUUGAAGUUUAUGCAACAGUAGUUGCCCCACUGGCAGAAAGCUUGGUGCAAAUUCUAGCUCAGAAACUGAACAUCAAAUUCAGCUAUUUCCAAGAGCACUGUUCGGCAAACACUUGCUCACUUCGGCUGAACAGAUAUCCACCAUGUCCAUUCCCUUCAAUGGUGUUCGGUCUUGUACCUCACAGUGACUCUAGUUUCCUCACUAUAGUACACCAGUACCAGAUUGGGGGCUUGCAAUUAAUGAAGGAUGGAAAUUGGGUUGAUGUCAAACCUAACCAAGAAGCUCUCAUUGUUAAUAUUGGUGAUUUAUUCCAGGCACUGAGCAAUGGCAUUUACAAAAGCGUAAAACACCGAGUGGUGGCUGCUGAGAAGGUGGAGAGAUUCUCUGUGGCAUAUUUCUAUAAGCCCUCCAUUGAUGCAGUGAUACAGAGCUAUGUCACGCCGCCAGUGUACAGGAAAUUUACUUUUCGAGAGUACAGAGAGCAGACACUGAAAGAUGUUAAGGAAACUGGGGAUAAAGUGGGGCUUUCAAGGUUUCUCUUGUAGAAAUAUACAUAUUGUUAAUGACAAACCCCCGAAAAAAUGAGCAAAGCUAAUAAUGACACGCGAAUAAAUCUUUGGUAUUAUUGUAGUAUUAAAGAUUCAGUACAUUUCGUUAAUGAAAAUAUUAUAUGUCAACUAAAUUUUUUUUUUUUCUGUCAAAAUUUUUCUGUGGAAUGCACUGAAUCUAAGUAAAUACAGCAGUAAUACCAAAGAUUUAUUCCACCCAACGAGUCAGUCACAUCAAUUUGAUUAUAGAUUACGGAAUCAGGACCACACAGCAGGGGAGAAAAGUUGUCCUCUCCCAAUCAUAAUUAGACAAGUGUU